UUACACACACAAAAAAAAAAAACAAUUUCGAUCAGGAUUCCUGCAAUUCUAAGGGGUUUUCACACAUCUAUCAAAACCAAAUUUAUAACUACAUAUAUAUAAACGAAUGAAGAAAUCUUGGCGGGAUGGAUAGUUUUGGUUUCAGAAAGGAAGACUCAAUUUCUAAAAGAAUUCAUAAUUCUGCAUAUAUUAAAAACAAGAAAAAAUUAUUGCAGAUGAAUAGUAUGAUGAAAAGAAUUCGAUCAUUGGAUUCUUUUUCUGUUGCGUGUGAAGCUUUUUCUGAAAACCGCCUUCUCUAGGCCUGCCUUUUUGUUCGAUCCAGAUCUUGAGCUAUUCUUUGCCCUUUUCUUCUUUUUUUUUUGUUUUUUCAUCUGUCGUCAAUAUAUAUAUAUACAUUUCUUUUGAUAAUAAUGGGUUCUGAAGUUUUAUUUUUGGCCCCUGCCAAUGAUUUGGUUGAGAAAUUGAAUUUUAAUUCCAAACCCAAACCCGAAAUUGAGGAUCCUGAUGUUGUCGAAAGAUGCCCUAGAAACCGUUACAUUCGGUAUAAUGAAAUGCUGGGGAGAGGAGCAUUCAAGACUGUAUACAAGGGGUUUGAUGAAGUUGAAGGAAUUGAAAUCGCAUGGAACCAAGUGAUGUUAGAUGAUGUUAUGCAAUCUCCAGAACAUUUCGAAAGAGUUAAGUCUGAGGUUCACCUUUUGAAGUCUCUGAAGCAUGAGAACAUUAUUAAAUCGUAUGGGUCUUGGGUGGACGAAGAGAAGAAAACUUUCAACAUGAUUACUGAAUUGUUCACGUCAGGGAGUUUGAGGCAAUACCGCAAGAAACAUAAGAAUGUUGAUUUGAAGGCUAUAAAAAAUUGGGCCAGACAGAUCCUUCAAGGCUUGGUUUAUCUCCACAGUCGUGAACCGCCAGUUAUUCACAGAGAUCUAAAGUGUGAUAACGUCUUUGUCAAUGGAAAUCAUGGGGAAGUAAAAAUUGGAGAUCUAGGGUUAGCAACUCUGAAGAUACGCCCCGCUGCCAAAAGUUUAAUCGGAACACCGGAGUUUAUGGCUCCAGAACUUUAUGAAGAGGAAUAUAAUGAACUUGUCGACAUAUAUUCCUUUGGAAUGAGCAUAUUAGAGCUGAUUACUUGUGAAUAUCCUUACAGUGAAUGCAGAAACCAAGCACAAAUAUAUAAGAAGGUUACUUCAGGUAUAAAGCCAGCUGGUCUUUUAAAAGUUAAAGACCCACAAGUCAAGGAGUUUAUAGAGAAGUGUUUGGUCCCGGUGUCUCAACGGUUGCCUGCUAAAGAGCUACUGAAAGAUCCGUUUCUUUCCUCAGAAACUAGAAUGCAGCAUGUACAUGAGGCAGUCAAUGUCAACAUAGUCAAGGUUCCAAAUCCCAUCUUAUGUCCCAUGGACAUUGACCAUGGUGACAAUAAGGUGUCAUCUGGUAGCUCAUCUGUGAAAAGCAAUGCUGGUAGCCCACGCUAUUCGUCAGUAGAACUUCAGUUUGUUGAUGAGAGUAUCGAUCUCCGAUUGAAAGGCAGGAUGAAUGAAGAUAACUCUUUCACGUUUGCAUUGAGAAUUGAUAAUGGUAUUGCGAAGAAUGUCCACUUCCCAUUUUAUCUGGAUGUUGAUACUGCACAUACAAUAGCUCAAGAGAUGGUUGAACAACUUGACAUAGAGUAUGGAAAUGUUGCUGUCAUAGCAAAGCUGAUUGAUGAUCUAAUUCUGAAGUUUGUACCAACUUGGAAACCCUCUAGCUCCAGUGGAAGAAUGAGUUCCCCUGAAGGUUCUGUAAUCAUUCAAAAUGGUCAAGAAAUUGAAUGUGAUCCUAUAAAGGUUUCUGAACAAGAAGAUUACGAUUACAAAGGGUCAGGUAAUUCAUCGUUCACAUAUUCAAGUGAUUGGAUGAAGAGCUCGGGUGGGUUUUCUACUGAUUCUUACAACAAAAAUACGUCGGAUGAUUUUUGGAUUAAUGUGUGUGAAGAUUUGAAGAUAGAGAUUAAUGCAAUUGAAGCUCAGUAUCAUGAACGGUAUAGUGAAUUACAGAAGUAUAGAGAAGGUGCAAUAGAAGAUGCAAAGAGGAGAUGGGCCUCAAAGAAGAAGGUGCCGGUUUUUUGAGUUUAGUGUAAAGCCUGACCAGUGAGACUUGCCCAAGUUUUUUGUUUUUGAAGUGUUGUUUUGGUGAGGCGUUUUAGUUUUUGUUGCCUUUUGAAUUUGGGUGGUUGUUUAAGAAUUUGUGAAUGCUGACUUCUUUUUUUCUUGAACAGCAAAUUGGUUACUUUCAUUGCA